UUUCAAUAGGAAUUACGAGUGGCUUUCGAUAACGAGAAGGGAAGCAAAGACAGACUCUUACUGACAGUUGCCGUUCCCGCCGGUCAGGAGUAUAUUGACCAGGGAUUUGAUGUGCCCUCCAUUUCAAAAGAUGUAGACUUUCUCAAUGUAUUGAGUUAUGACUAUCACACGGCCUUUGAUCCGGAGACUGACCAUCACUCGCCACUAAAGGCACGACCAGAUCAAAGCCGAUUUGACGAGUCGAGUAAAUUCAACACCGAAUGGACAAUCAAUUAUUACAUGCAAUUGGGAGCGCCCAGGGAUAAGAUUAUACUC